AUCCAUGCGGCCGCUCAUAAUUAGGUGAUACGUCAAAAACGAAGUUAACAAACGUUUUUCACGGUGAAAAUUCAUUCGAAAUUGAAUUAAAAUGUGGUUGGAGGAGGCGGAAGAAAUUUUUAAAGGGUACUUACCCUAUUACGUCUUAGUAUUCCUACCGAUUUUCAUUUUAGUGGCCCCAGCAAGCCCGGUAAUAGCUUCCCAUGAAUUUCCCGUUUAUAGAAUGCAACAUUUUGACCUGCACGGAGUAUCACAUGGUUGCCGAAGUGCUGCUGUAAGUUUAGAAGCACGAUCUUUAACUGGAUGGACCACUUCAAGGCAUUGUGUGGUUGUAAAAUUACAAGAUUUAACUGUGGAUCACUUUAGGCAUAUUCGAACAAAAGCUGGGGCUUUAUUGGUUGUUAUUCCUAAUAAUUUAUUGUUGUUAACACCAGAAGAAAAAGAACAUCUUUUGAUAUUAGAAGAUGCAAUGUUAGCUCAAGAGAUUUCGAUACCAGUUUAUUUUUCAACUGCAACACCAGAUUUAUCAUUAAUAGUGGAAGAAAUCUCUCAGAGUUUGGCUACUGAUGAUAAAACUAAGUCAGCUUUUGAAUCAAUGGUAACAUCAAUUUCUGCUAAUGGUUAUCAAGUCAUCAUAAAUCCAAAAUCACCAAAUCAAAAAACUGACAUAAAAAUUGCUACAAUUCAAGGUUUUUUAGUUGGACAGAGUAAUGAUGGAAAAACACCAACAAUAGCUGUUGUAGCUCAUUAUGAUAGUUUUGGAGUAGCCCCGGAGUUAUCUUUUGGUGCUGAUUCAAAUGCAUCUGGUGUUUCAAUGUUAUUAGAACUUGUACGAUUAUUUUCCACUUUGUAUUCAGAUCCAAGAACAAGAGGGAAGUACAAUAUUGUAUUUUUAUUAACUGGAGGUGGUAAAUUAAAUUACCAAGGGAGUAAAAAAUGGUUGGAAGAUCAACUAGAUAGUUUAGAUGGUACAAUUAUUCAAGAAGCGGCUUAUGUGAUGUGUUUAGACACAUUAGCGGCGGGCGAUUCUCUGUACAUGCACGUUUCGAAACCGCCAAAAGAAGGAGCGCCAGCAGCCAUAUUUUACAAAAACAUGAAAUCAGUUUCUGAACGUUACCCGAAAAUAACAACGGAAGGGGUGCAUAAAAAAAUUAAUUUGGCCGAAGAUUUGCUGGCUUGGGAGCACGAGCGGUUUAGUAUAAGACGAUUACCGGCGUUUACUUUGUCGUCAUUGAAAAGCCAUAAGGAUCCUUUAAGAGGAACAAUUCUUGAUACUAAACAAAAUACCGAUUUGGAUCGUUUGAAAAGAAAUACGGAAAUAGUUGCUGAAGCUUUAGCUAGUCAGAUUUAUAAUGUUUCUUUAGGGGAAGUUUUUGGAAAAUCUUUGAAAGUUGAAAUGUCUUCAAUAGAUGCUUGGAUGGAUUACUUAAGUACUCAACCAAGAGCAGCCCAAAUAUUGUGCCAAAAAGACAAUGCAGUAGUAAAUUUCUUAAAAGAUACAUUUUCAAAGUACCUGCGAGAUGUAAGAAUUAGUUACGCCACACCCGAUAAAAGAGACCCCGAUUUUAUGUUUUAUGAUGUUACCAAAAGUGUUAUGAAUGUUUACAGUGUAAAACCAGCUGUAUUUGAUUUAGUAUUAACAUGUGUGAUAGUUUUGUACCUCUUAGGUGUAUACGCCUUUAUACAAAAGUUCCCAUCAGUUUACUCAGCUGUAUGCAAUUUGACCAAAGGAAGAAAGAAGAUAAAUUAAUAAUUAAAAAAAUAAGAUAUAAAUAAAUAAUAGAAUUUAAGGUGGUUUUAAAAAUCCUUGUGUUGUGUUCACAUUCAUACAUAAAAUUCAUUUAAUUACUGCGUCAAAUAAGAUGCGCGAUCAAAAUUAAUUCCAUAAUCGUCAUCUAAUUAAUUAUUAUUAAUCCGUUACAAAGACGUAAUUAUGAUUGUUUUUUUAUUAUUAUUUUAUUUUGUCUUGUAAGAAAAUAAAUAUAUUGUUGACCAGUAAA